GAAAGGAUUGGUACAGAAUUAGAGAAAGUAAAUGUCGAGACUCUUGGAUUUGAUCAUCCAAUAUGCUCUGAAGUACUUGAUAUUAAAUCAGAACCCUUCACAGAGAUGCUUGAAUCACUUUGUGAUGUUUUUAAAGAACCUUCAAGAAAUACAGCAAAAGUAUGCGUGCACUUGACAUCAGAAGAUCGUGACGAAAUUCUUGGCAAGUAUAGGAAUCAUCUGCGUUCAAUAUUCACGUCAACAUCAACACUUAAAAAAGCAAAAGACAAAGCCUGUAAGCUGAAUGAUGCUGCGGAACGUUCAUUUCAACGCGUAGAAGUUACCUCAUUUUUUAAAAGAAUUGAUACACAGGUUGACACGAAUGCAACCGAAGGUCUUGUAAAUGCCACCGAAACUCUCGUGAACGCCAAAGAAAAUUUAUAUGAAUCGAAACUGAAGGCACGUGCGUAUGACAGAUAUAUAGAAAAUACGGAUGAAAAUGAUCGUUCAUCCAAACGCCUUAGACAAGAGACAAUAAUUUCAGAAGAGGACAAAAAACAACCUGACGCAAAUACAAUACUCAAAGCAGAUGAUGAUAAUUUUGAUGAGCGAAAAGAUGACAAUGAAGAUAAAGAUACAGAAAGAGUCGAAGAGGAAUCACAUUCAUCCAACUAUGUUAUGGAUAUCUUUUCCGAGUCGUGUUCUCGGCAACAAACGUCAAGUGAUUCGUUCUUAUUAACUCUUUUAGAGAAUUAUUGUGCCAAAGAAACAACCUCACUUUACAACCCAGCACACAGUUUUAUUAUAGAUCUGUCUCCGCCUUCAAAAAUAAAAGGUGAAUUUAACGAUAAGCAGUGGGCUGAGUUAGUCAGAAGAAGACCUGAUGCGGUCCGGAAGACUUACCAUCACGAGAUCGAGCCUAUUAUCGCCCACUUGUUUGGACAAAAAACGGAUCUAUCACAAGCUCGUAAAAGAUGGUACGAACUUAGAAAUUUGACUGCUCCUAUGUAUGACGAUAGUUUCUCAUAUGCAGAGGUUGAUUGGGAAAAAAUAAAGCGUUGGGUAGAACGAGUAACGGGACAAUUUCUAGACGCAUUUGAGUCCCUUCGAAAUCCGCUACAAAAUGACUGUCAUGAACGAGAGUGGACUGGCGACUAUAUCAUUCCUUUAAUACAAGGAGCUCUGAAAUUAGAUGGAAAUUUUUAUGUCCCAUGGGGAGAGAUUUCUGUCCUCGCAACCCAACGCCGUCGAAAUAAUGACAAGGAUAUACUUACCGAACAAGUUGAGCGAAGUCAUCAGGUGGAUCUCUUAUGUAAUUAUGAGCAAUACGAGGUUGCUUGCGCGCUUGCUUGCGGUGGACCAUAUACCUACGAUCUAACUAAACUCGCCUCAGAUGAAUUUAACCUUCCAAGAAUUAUGAAGGAUAUGCUCGAUGACUUAGAAUUAAAACUCCUAUAUGCCGGAAAGAACGGAUUGCAUCCAUAUAUUCUUGGGAUCCAGACAUAUGACAGAGGUUCGAAUCUACCUGAUGGAGAAACCUUACCACUAUUUGAAAUCUGCUUUAAGAGUGGCAUGGAACAUUCGGGCUUGAUUAACUCCUUGGUUCGGGAAUUCGAUACUGUUGAUGAUGAUGGGUUUAAAACUCCCCCCGUAACAUCAUCAGAUAAUAAGAAGACUCAGCAAACGCCAUCAAAACAACCAAAGAAAAAGAAAGCAAAAGAUUAG